UGGAAAGGCAGUCAGUGCUCUUAACAGCUAAGCCAUCUCUCCAGCCCCCCUGGGGAGUGAUUCUUAUGUAAGUUAAAUUUAACACUGUUUAAAAUAUUCCUACAGAUAAUUGUGUUUGAUGACAGUUUGGUUCAUUUUUGCCACUUCGUCAAAACAUUUCAUCUGUAGCUCCCAUGUGCUAGUUUCCUGAUCUGAAACAUUCGCAGGAGGGCUCGGUGGCAUAGAGCUUGCCUAGUGUGCUCUAAGAGAUCAGCCCUAAGCUCUCGGUGCUGUGAAGGUAGCUGGCCGAACGGUUGUCUUCCUCCUGGAGGCAGCGAGCUGGGACUGGCAGGCAGGAGGACCAUUGUCUACUGCAGACUGGGCUCAGCCGCAGGGAAGUCUGGACCUGCUGACUUCCUCCUCAAAGCUGCUUUCAGAGUUUCAACAAGACUAGAGGUUUUAGUAGACUCCCUGGUUUAAUAUUUUUAUAUGGGUAUUAGGACCAGAGAAGGUGGAUAAGAUCAUUCUUUAAAAGUUUAGCCAUUUCUCCCAGGUAAUUUAUGUCUGUUGAUACUUCCUUAGAGUCUGUAUCUAUAUGACCUAGUUAGUCAUAAAACACUAUGGUAAAUGUUGGUGAAUCACAGGCUGAAGGGGUGGACCUUUAAGCUGUCCCAUGCAGCAGCACUUGACCCAAAGUAAAGUGGACAUGGAGGUCAUAAAGGAGCUGUCUGAUUCAUUCAUGUGCCUGCCUCCCGUGGGACUAUAGAAACUAGGACGGGAAAGGUGAGAGUGCCUCCUUAAACUGGGAGCACUGCGGAGAGGUCGGUUAACUUAGUUAUGCUACCCAAGGUCGCUGUCUCGCCUGUUAAAGCACUGAAGUUGAAAUGGGAGCUAAUAAAGCAAGCAAAAGUGGAAACAGAAUUUAAGACCCAUGCUUCUUUCAUUAAAAAUUAGUAUUUUGAUGACUAAGGGUGUAGCUCAAAGGUAGAGUACCUAUUGUGUGUGUGGCCCAGGAUUUGAUCCCCAACACUGGGGAAAAAAAAACAAAACAAAACAACCAUGUUUUGAGGGGAUAUAAGUUAGUGUUUACUCUAAUUUUAAUAUGGAAGCCCACAUACUUCUCAUCUUAUAAAGUUCUUAAAAGUAGCUUGAAGACCUUGAGAGUAGCUCUUGCUCUGCAGAUUCCCUGGGUCAGAUGUUCCCUGCUGAUCAGUGAGGGCCUUACCCAGGAACAGAGAGUACAUAUGGUGAGUGGGGAUGAGCAAGAGAGGAAACAGGUGGGACAUCUGGACAGAGGACAAGUGGAGGGUGGUGGCUGUGCUCAGUGUACCAGCAUCAUCAAACAGGUCCUUCAGCUUGAGUCAGUAAUACAUAACUAGAAUCAGAAGGUGGCUCCACAUUCCUAUUCUCUGAAAUACCACAAGGUACUGCCACUUAAAAUUGAGCAAAAUGGGUGCCUCUGUAGCACUGUGUAGCACAGAUUCCAAUGUAUCCAGUACACUGUGUAGCCAAUACACUGUGUAGCACAGAUUCUAAUGUAUCCAGUACACUUUCUAGAAGUUUUUGUUUCCAGUUUUUACUUUCUCCUGGAGGCUCAGCUUGACCCCUGGCUCUCUGCUUGCUGCUGCAUGGGACAGCUUAGCUCUUUUUUUUUUUUUUUUUUUUUUUUUUUGAGUUGCUUUCUUAAGUUCAAAAGUUAGGGAGGGCCUUUAAACAUGUUGUCUCUGGUGUAGAGGACAUCUCCAGUGUUGACAGCUACAUGGGUAAUCAGGGGGGCAAGCUGUUAGCCCACUGGAGAUUGUAUUGGAGAUUCCUAGUGCAUUUACUUUCCUUACUGUUGAAUGUUGGCCUUUUGUUUCUGUAUUAUUUGAUUUUUGAUGAAUAAGACCAUAUUCAUCUAUAGAAAGAAUUAUUUGGGGGCCAGUGAGAUGGUUCAGUGAGUUCUGUCCCAUAUAAUGAAAGAAGACAAUAUGUAACAAGUUGUCUUCUGGUCUUCACACAUAGGCCAUAACACACAUGUACAUACACGCACACACAUGCAGAUGUAACAAUAAAUGAUCAUUAUAAUUUUGUCUAUAGUGUUGCUCUUGAUCCUUUCAUAUUCUGAGGAAAUUUAUUUAUCACAUAGCAGUUUGCUUCUUGAAGAACUAGACAUGCCUAGACUAGCAUCUUUACUCUGCUGUCUGAAGAGCUCCACAUGUUUAUAAGACCCGUGAGAUUUGUGGCUGGGUGGGACACUUAAUACAUGGAUGUCAUGUUUUAAUGACAAGUGGGCUUGUUUGGGCCAUGUAUUCACUCUUGUUUUCUUAUAAUUCAUGUAUCAGUAAAGAUGCUGGGAUGGCUACAUCAGAACUCACAGUGCUGAAGUCUUCAUAGCAGCUUUAGUUUCUAUUGGUCCUAUACAUAACUGCUUUUUAUCUUUAAGAAAGUGCUACUGGUUUCUGGGAUCCUCAAGUCUUGCCUCUUUGUAUCUCAUCGAGCUGGGCUUGAGGGCUGGGGAGAUAACUCGGUCAACACAGUGUUAUGCAAGCGUCAAGACCUGAGUUUGGAUCCGCAGGUAUUGGGAAGACAGGGAAAUCAUGCAGCUCACUGGCCAGCCCCACCAGUGAAUCCCAGGGUCAGUGGGAGACCCUAUCUGCAAAAUACAAGGUGGCGAGAGAUCGAAGAAGACAGUCAACCUUCAGCACAUGCACACCAACACUACACCACGUGCACCUCACACACAAACUCUGUUUGAGCCUGUCUUUCAGAUACAUGUUUCCUCUCUCUCUCUCUCUAAGUAGAUAUGUUUAAUGAGUAUCUAAAACUUUGUGAAGCUGAAGCCUCCUGCAUGCCACCACUGACUGGAAGUAGAAUACAAGGCUGUGAUUAUCCUUGUGAACUAAGAACCAUUAUUUGUCCCUGAGUCUAUAGUUAUUUUUAAGUUUGUUUGUUUGUUUGUUGCCUUAACAGUAACCCUAACAAGCGCAAGCAUCAGGGUUUGGAUUGCUCAUCUCUCUGAUACAAAGCGAGGCCUUCAUUUCAUCACGUCUUGGUUGGGCGUGAAGAAUAGCUGGCUGAAUAGCCUGAGAAAUGCCAGUGGCCUGACAGCAGCAGACAUUGCACAAACCCAGGGUUUCCAAGAGUGCACCCAGUUUCUCUUGAGCCUCCAGAACCAUCAAAUGAGCCGUUUCUGUCAUAAUGGCACCUUGAGUGGAAGUCAUGAGAGCAUACUUCCCACUCACAUUAGCCUGGGAACAAACCGAAAGAGAUGCCUGGAAGACUCAGAAUCUUUGGGAGUGAAGAAAGCUAGAACCAGAGUUUCUAACCUGGAUCACAGCAUGCCUCUAGCAAAUGGAGAGGCUGAAGACGCCGCCGACAGAAUGCACGUGGACAGAGAGUACGCUGCUGUAUCAGAUAUGAAAAACAGUAGCUCCGUGUUGAAUACAUUGACAAAUGGAAGUGUCAUCAAUGGACAUUUGGACUUCCCCUGCGAGAACCAGCUCAAUGGGAUGGAGAGCAGGAGUCACCCGUGCUUAACAGGAUCUAAUGGAGUUAGCAAUGGACAGCCAUUGUCCAGUGGCCAGGCUUCUGUCUGUGCUAAUGGGACUGAGGAGCCAGAAAAGACCAUGGGCAUUAACCCGGAGAUGUGUGGGUCUCUCCAUCUGAACGGGAGCCCAAGUAGCUGUGUGGCCAGCAGGCCAUCCUGGGUGGGGGACAUAGGGGAGAGCUUGCACUACGGACACUACCAUGGAUUUGGGGAUACUGCUGAGAGCAUCCCUGAGCUGAGCAGUGUGCUGGAGCACACGAGCUGUGUUCGGGUGGAACAGCGCUACGACAGUGCUGUCCUGGGCGCUAUGCAGCUGCACCACGGCUCCUGAGUCCAGCACUACCUCAGUUCCUCCACAGUGCCAGCUUGAGGAAGCUGCACAGCCUGUGCUGUAGGUGCCUGGGCUUUCUGAGAGAGCGUCCUCGGAUUCAUUCGUAGUUCCCCAUGACCGCUGCUUUGUGCAUAGACCUUUCUCAUGGGGUGGCAGGCCUCCUUCCUGCAAGGGACACUUUGGAGGGUUCUCUUGUUUGACACCAGCCUUUUUUUUUUUUUUCCCACAUCACGAGACGAGACAUUGCCACCUUUUUGUGAAUUGUAUUUGAUCAGGACAGUUGGGCAUCGCUCACCUUUACUGUUUGCUGUAACACCCCUGAUGACACAGCCCCCCCCCCCCCCUUGCAAGGACCUGUACAGCGUGCAGCGACCCCGGGACAGGAUGACCUUUGUGUCUUCACUGUGGCUGCUGCAGGCGCGCUCAGUGGUCGGGUGUGCUGCCCCUCCCUGUGUAGACUGCUGCCCGUGUCUCCUUAGAAACAGCCCUGCCCAGGACGCAUUAGGUUGUUGUUUUUACUCCACAUUUAUACUUGAUCUCUAGACUUUUUUUUACCACAGACAAUGGUUUCCUUUAUAUACAGUGGAUGUCGCUGUUUGUAGGAACUGUCGGGUCAGAAUAUUUUACUACGGUGACCUAUUUUUUUGUUACUGUUUUUUGAAGUUUUCUGCUUAAAGAUAUAUAUACCACUAUAUAUCCAGUUAACUGAGAGAACUUUGGGUUUCUCUUAUUAAAGCUGCAUUAAAUUCAUGAUUUUAUAGAAAUUAGCUUUUGUUUAGGCAACUAGUGGUUAUACUGCAAAUACGCAAUGACUUCUGAUUUUUGUAAUAACUAUCAGUGCAGAUGAACUGUGAGAUGACAAAGCCAAUGUUUUAAGAGUGUACUAGCAUUUUGUUUUCAAGCUGUUCUUUACACAUUGAAUAAAGAAAAUUCACUGCU